CUUCGAAGUGAGGGUUUUGGAAGGGCGCCGAUCGCAGAUCGCAGUCAGGACUGCGACCUUUGCCCACCGCCAGUGAAAGCGGUCCACGCUCUCCAGGAGGGGAAGGGCAAGGAGGUAAACGGAGGGACGAGAGGGGAACGCGCUUGCCAGUCGGCGGGAUGGCGUUCGUGGUGAUGGCUCGAGCAGAGCAAGCGUUUGAACACUCGUCUGCGCCAGCAUCGAUUAAUACAGUCAGGAUGAAGAGGAUGAUCCCCGAGAGAGAAGAGCUACUGCACAAGCAAAAAGGAACACUUGCACCAACUGCUGCGUGGGGUCUAGGAGGAGAAGGAGAAGGAGGAGGAGGAGAGGAGGAGGAAGAGGAGGAAGGAGGAGGAGGAAGGACCACCGUCCGCGGGCACGGCCCGGCUGCUCGAACAGGCAGCGCCGAGGCGUCGGGACCCGAGAAAGGGAGCGCGGUCGUGGCCAGGUCCAGACAGGAGUGCGGACCAGGACAAGAAGGAUCCCAGACUGCGGCAUUUGCCGAGGUUCCCGUCUCGUCUCAGACCGCGACACGUUAGUAGAGUGAUAAGCGGCAAGAAUGCGGACGACAAAAUGGGCGAAGACCCGGUCCACAAGUGCGCAAGAUUUGUGAACUCGUGGCCGAGAUUCCCAUCUCGUCUAAGACCGCGCCUCCUCUGCAGAGUGAUAGGUGGCAAAAAUGCGGACGACAGAAUGGACGAAGACACCGGUCUCCACGAGUGCGCAAGAUUUGCGAACUCGUGGCCGAGAUUUCCGUCUCGUCUAAGACCGCGCCACCUCUGCAAAAUUAGAGUUAGCAAAAGUGUGGAUGACAACAUGGAUGCAGACACUGGUUACCAGUCUCCACGAGUGCGCAAUAUCUGUGAACCGCUACGGCGCCUUGCAAUAGCUGCGUAGCGAAUAUCUUCGGCCAGCACGGCGCUGGCAAAUCUCGGUGGUUUACCACAUGAGGUAGACAUACCAUGAAAUGGCAGGCUAGAAAAAGCUUGUCACAGAAGGGAUGAGGAUGAAAAUGAAGGUAGCGAGGACCUUCGAGAAGGCUGGUAACGUUAGGGAUUGGGAGGAGGAUGUUGACGAAGGGUGUCGGCUCUCCAAGCCACGAAUUAGGUGCAGAGCUGUCUGUCUUCCAGCAGCUAAAGAUAAGCGCUAGGAAGGCAGGCUGGCUGGUGCAAGUUGUGGUCGUCGAGUGGCCAGCGCUGGUUUGAAGCCAGCUGCUGCCCUAGCAGGUUCCAAUGCUCUCAAGGGGUGGGGGGAGCGAUGGUGAUGACAAAAGGGGGGGGCGGCGGGGAGCGGAGAAAACCUUUGCGAAAGGAGUGGCAAUGGGGGAUCAGAGAAAGGACAGCGAGGCGACUGGACCCAGCAAAACACGCACGCCGGCCCCUGCCUGGGCCUCGCGAGCCGGCACCCGCGAGGGAAGCGCCCACGAGCAUCGGAGGUGGGGAGCCGCCCGACCUGGGUGCGCCAUCAAGCGCUGUGCAGUCGGGGGGCCCCGACUGUACCUGGGUCGCGGCAAAAAGGGCGCCGUUGGGCCCAGGACCUAGCCCAGCCGGGCCACCGGCGGCGCCGAAGACCAGCGGCGGCAGCAGCCGAUCCAGCCCUCCUCCUCCCCCGCCACGGAGAAGUGGAGGAAGGAGCGCUUGACGGUGGCCUUCAGCGACGGCAGCUCCCGCCCUCGGAGCGCGGGUACCUCCCGCAGACGUGGGGCCGGGACGGCGGUCACGAAACGGCCGUCGAGGGCCCACGGGAACAAGCAAGGUGCGCGUUGCUGCCGCUCGCCCUGCGCGGCCCUCGGCGGGUCGCACUCCCGCGCGUGUUCCUCGAGGUCGCACCGCGAACCGUGCUCGUCGUGCUCCGCCUCGCUGCAUUUCCAAGGCAGCAGCUUGCCCGGGGCGUGGGCGAACUUGCAGGCGUCGCCCUGCCUGCACUUCCCGGUCUUCAUGAAACUCUUGCACGGCUGAGUGUAGGAGAAGUCCGGAGCUGUGCGCACGUCGUCGCUCCCGUGCGCAAAGCUGCAAUCUUCCCCUCGGGCGCAGUACCCGUUCGCAUAGUACAUGCACAAGCGCGUCUUGUGCAAGAAACGAGCCGUCAUGAGAAGAUUGCCUCUGCGGGAACCCGCGCGCGCCAUGUUGGGAGUGUGCACGCGGUCUUGGUGCCAGUGCAGCAGUCCCUGAUUGCAAUCUGCUCGGCAAUGC